AUGACUGCGGAUGCGCUGCUGGCUGCUCUGGGAUGGGCGCAGGGCCGCCCGCAGGAGAGGCUGGACUGGCUCCUCCUGGUGGGAGAGGGUGGAAGCAAGGGUUCAAGAGAGUGUCAGAGAUAAGGACGCACCACAGCUGAGCCCUAAGAUCCCUUUCACACCGGCUCCCUCCCAGCCCAAUACCUGGGAGCGCAAAGUGGCCACCAACUGGAAGACAUUAUUUUCUGCUGCACUCUCCAGACCAUCCGGAGGCGUCUUUUGGACUCCCGACUCAACUGCGCUGGAGCGGAGGCGUUUACAAGCGAGGACAAGUGCCUCAGCUGGUUCUGCGCUGCGCUUCCGCUUCACUCGGAGCACCGCUGUCCUGCCGGCCUCCAUACUGGCUGUCGUGGAGCACUGUGGGAACGCGAGAGGUGCGACGGAAGAGCUUUCUGCUUCCGCUUCCGGGCUCCGUGCCCCGCACGCUCCGCGAGCCAAGGGAGGUCCCGCCCUUGCACGCCUGCCGCGGCAAUAUGGCGGGGGCGGCAGACGUGAGUGGAGAGAUUCUUGCGGCGGAUUUCUGCUGAUCAGACCUGUCUACAAGAAGUGAGCAGGCAAGAGUGCUUUUCUAAUGCUAAAACUGAGGAGCUGACUGGCACCAUGAAAGUCUUCUGUGGAAGGGCCAAUCCGACCACAGGAUCUGUGGAAUGGCUGGAGGAGGAUGAGCAUUACGAUUACCACCAGGAGAUUGCAAGGUCAUCCUAUGCUGAUAUGCUGCAUGACAAAGAUCGGAAUAUGAAAUAUUACCAAGGUAUUCGGGCUGCUGUGAGCAGGGUGAAGGACAGAGGACAGAAGGCUUUGGUUCUGGACAUUGGCACUGGCACAGGACUUCUGUCAAUGAUGGCGGUCACAGCAGGCGCCGACUUCUGCUAUGCUGUUGAGGUUUUUAAGCCUAUGGCUGAUGCUGCAGUGAAGAUUGUAGAGAAAAAUGGCUUCAGUGAUAAGAUUAAGGUUAUCAACAAGCAUUCCACUGAGGUGACCAUAGGGUCGGAUGGUGACAUGCCAUGCCGUGCCAACAUCCUGAUCACAGAGCUGUUCGACACAGAAUUGAUUGGGGAGGGAGCGCUGCCCUCCUAUGAACACGCACACAGGCAUCUUGUGCAGGAAAAUUGCGAGGCGGUGCCUCACAGAGCAACUGUCUAUGCUCAGCUGGUGGAGUCCAGGAAGAUGUGGUCAUGGAACAAGCUGUUUCCCAUCCAUGUUCAGACUAGCCUUGGAGAGCAGGUCAUUGUUCCCCCCUCGGAACUGGAGAGGUGCCCUGGUGCGCCCUCUGUCUACGAUAUUCAGCUGAACCAGGUCUCGCCUACUGACUUCACUGUCCUCAGUGAUGUGCUGCCGAUGUUCAGUGUGGACUUCAGCAAGCAAGUCAGUAGUUCAACAGCCUGCCACUGCAGGUACUUUGAACCUUUGGCAUCAGGCCGAGCUCAGGUGGUUCUCUCCUGGUGGGACAUUGAAAUGGACCCCGAGGGGAAGAUCAAGUGCACCAUGGCCCCCUUCUGGGCACAGUCGAACCCGGAGGAGCUCCAGUGGCGGGACCACUGGAUGCAGUGUGUGUACUUCCUGCCACAAGAGGAGCCUGUUGUCCAGGGCUUAGCCGUCUGGCUGGUGGCUCACCAUGACGACUACUGUGUGUGGUACAGCCUCCAGAGGACCAGCCCUGAAGAGAAUGAGAGAGUCCACCCACUGCGCCCCGUGUGUGACUGCCAGGCUCACCUGCUCUGGACCCGGCCUCGGUUUGGCGAGAUCAAUGAUCAGGACAGAACUGAUCAAUAUGUCCAGGCCCUGAGGACAGUGCUGAAACCAGACAGUGUCUGUCUGUGCGUCAGUGAUGGCAGUCUGCUUUCCAUGCUGGCCUAUCACCUUGGAGCAGAGCAGGUAUUUACAAUAGAGAAUUCAGCAGCUUCUCAUAGAGUGAUGAAAAAAAUCUUCAAGGCUAACCAUUUGGAAGAUAAAAUUAAUAUCAUAGAGAAACGGCCUGAAUUAUUAGCACCUGCAGACCUGGAGGGUAAAAAGGUCUCUCUCUUCCUGGGUGAACCGUUCUUCACCACCAGCCUGCUGCCGUGGCACAACCUGUACUUCUGGUAUGUGCGGACUGCAGUGGCACAACAUCUGGGGCCUGGUGCCGUCGUGAUGCCUCAGGCUGCCUCAUUGCACAUGGUGGUCGUGGAAUUCAAGGAUCUGUGGAGAAUCCGGAGCCCCUGUGGUGACUGUGAAGGCUUUGAUGUGCACAUCAUGGAUGAUAUGAUUAAGCGUGCCCUGGACUUCAGAGAGAGCAAGGAGGCUGAGCCCCAUCCGCUGUGGGAGUACCCGUGCCGCAGCCUGUCCGAGCCCCAGAAGGUUCUGACCUUUGAUUUUCGGCAGCCAGUCCCCUCACAGCCUGUCCGUGCUGAGGGCACCAUUAAGCUCAGGCGGCCUGGGAGGAGCCACGGGGCUGUCUUAUGGAUGGAAUACCACCUGACCCCGGACAGCACGGUCAGCACCGGCCUCCUGAAGCCCACAGAGGACAAGGGGGACUGUUGCUGGAACCCCCACUGCAAGCAGGCUGUGUACUUCUUCAACACCACACUAGACCCCAGCGUGGCAUCAGGCAGCCCCCGGACCGUCGGCUACACUGUGGAGUUCCACUCUCACACUGGAGACAUCACCAUGGAUUUCAUACUCCCUGAUGUCCUCUCUUGUUGAGAAAUAAAGUGGCCAAGGGCUCCAGGCUCUGCAUGGGCCCAUCUCGCCACACCUGAGUUCGGGCUUGGUGCUCAUCCCAGACCUGGGAGCCACCUGGAUCUGCCUACCCCGCCUGACCACAGCAGCUGGGAGCUGGAGCUUACUUUUGCAGAUUGUCAGGGGUGCACACUUCCUCAUCGUAGAGACCAUCCUUGUCCAAAAGGGUACCUGGGGACAAGGGGACAAGAGUGGUCACUGAAGGCAGGGCUCAGCCACCCUUGAGGAGGGCUGCCUCCCUGGGGCAGGAGGGGAAGCAGGGGCUUCUGCUGGCCCGGCAGCUGAGUGUCCCCCUCCCCGCAGCAGUGGGGUCUUGCUGGGGCUCCAGUGCUCCUCAGUCUCAAUCCCCCACCCCCCCCACCCCCCGCCGCCCCAGCUCACCGAUAGCCCAUGGCUUCUCCUCCCCCGGCCCGAGGCGGCAAGGGUCCUUGUAGCGUGUAAACAGGGAGUGCUGUUGCUCCAGCUUAUCAUCUGUGCAGGGAGAGAGGGAAGGAGUGCUGAGAGACUUGGGAUGUCUGCCCUGUGCUAGAGGGCCACCUGCCUUGGGUUCCAAUCUGACCAGAGUCACUGAGUCCCUGUCCCUUGGGUAACUGGCUCUGGAUAGGGUCUCUAGUCCCAGACAGAUGGAUCUAUGAUCAUCUGUCACUGGGUUUCUGUGUCCUUGAGACUGCCACCCCCUCCACCAGAGCUGUUAGAAUUGUGCCUGGUGAAGAGUGAGAGGUGAACAAUGACUUGGUGAGUACCAUUAGCUGACCUGCCCUUAGGCUUUCACAGGCUCCCAGCCUUCCCUGCCAGAGGUUCAUCUGUAGGAGAUCUCUUUUUUUUCCAGCAAAGUGGCCUCUGAGCUUUCUAGGCAGAGUUCUUCUCAUUCUAGGAUUUCUCAGGGGCAGAAGAAUCAUAGUCUUAUUAAAUGUCCCACCCCCCUGCUCCUGAGGAGCAGGAAGUUCUUCAAGCUGCCUAACCUAACCCCAGUCUUGCCAGCCUUGACUGGAGCCCACGCCUCCCCCGGUGGCCAACCCUAACGGGGAGGAGCACGCCUCACCGGAGGAGCAGUUGUCAAAGUUAAAAUCUCCGCAGAUGAUGUCAAAUGCCACCAGCUCCUCGGGGUUGGCUGUGCUGGACGAGGAGGUAGAUUUUCGGAAAUCAGCCAGCCAGUCCUGAAGCAUGUUCAGCUGCUCACACCGAAUGUCACUGUCCUCUGGGACAGAACCACAAAGAGAUGAUGUAGCUACAGCCAGACCCCAGCCAGGCCAAUCCCACCCUCUAAAGGGACAUUCCCCACCCCUGAAGCACGGGCCCCUGGGCCCUACCUGGCAGGGCAUGCAGGUGUGUGCAGGAGAUGUACCCGACAAUUCUUUGGUCCUGAGGUGUGCUUCCCACCUGCACCUGUGAGGGAAGAGGGGAGGUGUUGGUGACAAGGCCUAUGAGCUAUUGUUGCUCGGAGUACAAAGGGACACCUGUGACACCCCCUCCCCCUCCAAACUGCCAGCUCAAACCCUCAGAAGCCCAUCUCUGUCAGCUUCUGGCUAGACUUGGGCCCAGUGAGGACCAGCACAUGACCUGCUUCUAGAAGCUUCUGGUCCAACGUGGGAAUAUACAUGAAGAAACGCCGGCCUAUGCCACGGUGAUACCACCAACAGUUCAUGCAGGGCUUUGUAUUAUUUUUCUUUCUUUUAAUGAAUUUCAUUACAUUUAUGAUUGUA